AAGGACAGAGUCCAGGGCACAGCACUACACUACACCAGCACUUUAAAAUUGCAGGCCAAACUUUUGAGGCACAGAGAUGACGCAGCUUGGAUAUACUGCCGUUCUGGUAUUAUGGGCGUGCUCCACUGCAUUAGCUAUUUCAUGUGGUAACAUAGAAAAUGGGAGGGUAAAGCCAAGUUUCUUCUUCCAGAGAAGAAAAAGAACAUUUGAAUGUAAUGCUGGGUAUAUAGCAGAAAAUGACAACAACAGAAUUGAGUGUACUUCUUCAGGAUGGUCUCCUGUACCCAGAUGCAUUCCAAUACAAUGUGGAAGGAUAGAAAAUGGGAAAAUAGUGGACAAAGUUGAAGAAAAAACAACCUUUCGAUGUAAUCAUGGAUAUAAAUCUGAAAAUGGAAUUAAUGAAACUACCUGUUCCUCUGAAGGCUGGUCUCCAGUACCUAUAUGUAUUGUUCAAGAGUGUCCACAUCCACCUGACAUCGAUUUGGCAGAAAUUGUCAGUGGGGAGAAAGCAGAAUAUCGGGAGGGUGAUGUUGUUCAGUACAGGUGCUACCCAGGAUGUACUCUGGCAGGAUCUGAAAGGAUAACAUGCAAUGGAGAAAAAUGGACACCUCCACCAAAGUGCUUGGCUCCAUGUAUUAUCACAAGGCAACAAUUGGAAACAAAAAAAUUGCUUCUGUCUAAUGGCCGAAGACGUACAGUAUUGAUUCAAAGUGACCAAACAAUGGAAUUUCUAUGUGGUGAACAUUCUGACCUUAAAAUCCCCUACUUCAUCAAGUGUGUAGAUGGGCGUAUGGAUUUACCAACUUGUAUAUCUGGAACUGGGGAAAAGUGUGGCCGUCCACCUACUAUUGAGAACGGAGACAUAACUACUUUAUCCCUAAAAGAGUACGCAUUUGGCUCUUUGGUAGAAUACAGAUGCCAGCAUUAUUACAUAAUAGAAGGAGACCGGAAAUCAUACUGUUACAAUGGAAUCUGGACAAAAGUACCAGUUUGUUUAGAGCCAUGUGUUAUCACGCAAGAAGAUAUGAGAUCACGCAACAUAGAUCUAAAGGGGGAGUCAGCUCAAAAACGCUAUGUGUCACAUGGAGAUUUUGUAGAGUUUAAGUGUAGAUCCAGUUUCUUUCCAAACUCUUCAAAUAAUUAUAGAGUGCAGUGUAAUGCGGGCCAAAUACCUUAUCCCCAAUGCACUUAGAGAUGGGUGAAUGUAGGAGACUUCAUCACAUGUGAAUGUUACCAAGAUCUCAUGCCCCUACAAUUAAGUAUGUUGGAGUGUACAAUGAACAUGCUCUGAGACCUCGCAGUGGUCCUCCAGUAAAACCAGGGAAGUCCAUAUGCCUGGUAUUUCUAAGGUGAAAAAAAAAGCAAUUACAAACUUUGUAAGCAAGAAGAGUCCUUUCAGACCUUCUUGCUACUUUAUAAAGAAACAAAAGGGGGCUUAAGGUAAUUUUUAAAAAAAAUUGCAGGUCACCUUUAAAGAACAUGCUUUCUGUUCUCUCAUACAUUCACUGGUAUCUUCUAAACCCUGCUUAGCUUCCAACAGUGAUCUCCCAUAUUCCUCAGGAGGAGUGAUGGCCAUUCUGAAAUGGACCUCAACCUCAAUUUUAUCAAACAUUAUCCACUUCUGUUGCUUGAGGCAGAGUCUCACUCAGAGUCUUCACCAGAAUUAUAUAAAACCCACUCAUACUGCCACUGGCCCAUCCACUACAGGCUGCAUAUGCUAUGUACACCAAAUCUGGAACGCAAGCAAGCAAGAAAGCAAACAAACCUUAUAUGAGAGAAUGCAUCAAGCAGAUGUCCAAAUGGUCAGAGUAUCCUAGCUGGCAAUGAAUUCACACUUCCCUACACCUUCCCAGUCAAGCAGCACAAAUAAACCAAAAUUGUCUUAUCAUACCUAUAUUGUGGUGCCUACCCCCGAGCUCAGCUCCUGAGAGCUCUCCCAUUGACUCCUGUACUCCAGCGCCGUGAGAGGUGCAGGCAGAGUCGACGGGGGGGCGGCA